AGAGGUGUUCUCUCUUUUUAAAAUUCAAAGUAUCGAUCGUCCCCAAUAUUUAUCCAUCGAUCGAUCGAAUGAAUAGGCUACGCGAAAUGUCAGGCAGCCAUUGUCAAAAGCGUUUUUCCUAUCGGUGUUCGCGUCAAGCUUCAAUGAUGCAAUCGCAAGACAUUGACUACGGUGCCGUUACGCAGUCCGUUCGUUGCAAAACUCGCAAUACUCGGUUCAACAACCAUGCACUAAGAAUAUAUAGGCUCUACUACUUCGGUUGGUCCUAAGAAAUCGAGUCUUCCAGAUGUAAUAAUAUCAUUUAUAAAUAGAACAUAAGCUUGGAGUAACUUGUAACGCCAAACGGUGUAUUGCAUUGUCAGUUAAGUCACGGAUUUAUAGAUAGUUCUAUAUUAAAACGGAUCAUGCAUUUUACACGAACAAAAAUCCAAAUACUCCUAUGUCAGUCGGACAUGUGAAAUUCUUUUUAGCUAUGCAAAUCUUUCUGUUCGACUAAUAUAAAUAGAAGUGGUACGAUAAAAAAAAAAAAAAAAGAAAAAAAAAAUGUAGUUUCCGAUCCAAACAAAAGUCCGCGUAGAAAUGAAAAAGAAAAUUCGCGUUUCUAUCUAUUAUCGAUACGUUUGACACGUAUCGUUCGGACUUUUCAUACUUAGUCUUCGUAGUCUCGUUUAUACCAGAGCACCGUUAGUUCAAACUCUCGAUGGUUUCGAAAUAUGCGUUAAAAACGUGAAAGGAAUGUACGCGCGUGGCACUGUUUUAACAGCCUGCCGCGCCGGCCGGAGCGCGCGAGAGCUUUCUUGGAAAUUGAACUUACGACCGCGGGUCGUCGAUCAUACCGGUGCUGAUAUCACACGUACAUCUGUAACAUCGAGCCAACCGUAUACGUCGAAACUUGGAGAAAUUUUCUCGCAUCGGCGACUGUUUACUCGAAACGAUUGCUACGACGAUGACAACGAAAACGACGAAGACGAUUACGACGAUACCAGGGACGAUUUCUAUACGCUUCUCAACAUGGCAUAUAGAAAGCUGUUUCGUCGAAGAUCAGGAUACUCUGUAAACGAACUGCAACGGAACUAAGAAGUACGAUCGAACGCAUAAUCCACGUGUUAAUUUCGACUUUAUAAUAAUUUACGAGAUAGUGAUAUCAGUAAGGAAAGAAUAAAAAAAAAAAAAAUAAAUAAAUAAAGAAAGAAAGAUUUUGUCGUACGACGAACGGCCCUGACGAAGAAAAGGAAAGGACGUCCUCGAGGAAAACGGCGAAGAGAAAAAAUCAAAAAAAGAAAAUAAAAGAAAAAAAUUAAGUACACAACCGUAGAAAAUCUCAGCCGCACUACUUUAUAUAAACCAAUAAGAGAAAUGGUGUCUUGAGAGAAUUCAAAGAGUAACGGCAUCGAUUCGAUCUGAAAUUAACGAAAGAAGGAAUUUCUUUAUUUCGACGAAAGGAGGAAAAAUCGAAAAGGAGGAAAAUAAGGUGUUUGGUGCAGUGUGAAUCGGAUUAAAAACAAAAAAAAAUCUUAUGCUUAGUGAGGUGAUCGAAGAAAAAGGAAAAAUAAUAGAAGGAAUAAAAUUCUCCCGCGAUGACGUUCUUCUUCAUGGUUUUGGGCCCGGAAAACAACGUCGUCUCGGGUGAACGUUGACAAAUCAAACUAAUCGAGAGGAAGGAUAAAAUAGGUGAAACGAUUUUUGAAAAUGACCGUCACGAUGGAACAUAAGAGGAAGAGCUCGUGGGAUUCAAAGAAAUUUCACAGCGUUCUUCGCGAUCAUCCGCAGAUCUCGGUGAGCACAGUAAGCACGAGAAGAUUCAGUCGGGCUGGCACACCAAGCUCGAUCCUAUCCUCGGACAGCGACAUCAGAUUCACCAGGAAGCUCGGUGGUCAAUAUCGAUGUGGUUGCUGCGUCCUGGCUGCCUUCUUGCUCUUCCUUCUCUUUUCCGGCGUUUCCAUAUAUCUAGGCUACACAUUCCUAACGUCGGAUUCACCAGGAGAUCAAAUAUUCUUGGCGACAUUUCGAGUUACCGAUGGAGAUUAUUUUGCAUUAGAACUGGCAGAUCCCUCUACCGAGGCCUUUCGCAUACGAUCGCGAGAGUAUCGCGAUCGGAUCAAUCUUAUUUUCCGACGUAGUUGGCUAAAACUCUCCUUUCUUGCUUCGGACAUUUUAGCACUCGACGGGGUAGAAGGACGCGACUUGGUGGUCCAUUUCGAUGUCAGAUUUGAUCCACGAUAUCAAACCAUCACUACAAGCGAUGUGGUUGAUAUUCUAUCGCGCGAGAUCGAUCCGACUAGCACGAAAUAUCUAUCGAAUCUGACGAUAGACGCAAAGAGUCUUGAAGUUCAAGAAAGUUUGACAGCUUUAAACGCACAAGUCAGCCUACAAACAACAGUCUCGACGAUUCCACCUACAACGACUGCACCACCCCCAAGAAGAUGCAGUCUUCUCGAAUUAUCUUAUUGCAAGCAUCUUCCAUACAACGUAACUUCCUAUCCGAAUAUAUUGGGACACCGUUCUUUGAUCGACGUGGAGGAAGACGUCAUUGCAUUUAGGGAAUUGGUAGAUGCCGAAUGUUAUCGUUCGGCAUAUGACUUCGUCUGUCAAGUUUUACAACCAGCCUGUUUGUCCGGCGAUCCCGAAGAUUUAUUGCAACUACCUUGUAGGAGUUUUUGCAGAGAAUUUUGGAACGGCUGCGGAAACAGACUUUCGGACAGGAUCAAGCGAGCUUUGGAUUGCUCCAAUUUUCCGGAAUACGCAGAUGUUGGUAGUUGCAGGCCAAAACCAGGAUGCGUACAGACACUUCAAUCGAAGGCUUUGUCGCCAAGGAUUUGCGAUGGUAUAAUCGAUUGUCCAGAUCUGGCUGAUGAAAAAAAUUGUGCCUAUUGUCGCGACGGAUAUAUGCAUUGCGGAAUUGGAAGAACUUGCAUUCCACAUGUCAAAAGAUGCGACGGAAAAAUAGAUUGUCCAAAUGGAAGCGAUGAGAAGGAUUGUCUAUCAUUAGCGCAAAGUAUAAGAGCUGUUAAAUCUCAGCCAUGGGACACGCCACACGCCGCGAAAUACAACAGCGAGGGUUACGUCGUUUUUAACGAAAAAGGUACAAUCGGUAAACUCUGUACCGAGAAUUUGAAUGCCACUAUGCCGGCAACAGAAAUGGAAACCGUUCUUCAAACAGUAGCUAAUUCUCUUUGUACUCUAUUAACUUAUACUGGCGUCAAAUCUGUCGAGGUGAGAAUCGACGAAGAAGAAGAUGUUCAAUACGUUCAUAUGGAAGAUCCAUCGGCUACAGAGAUCACGUUUGUCAGGGCACCAUGUCCAAGCAAAGAUGUUAUGUAUAUUCGUUGUUCUGAACUCGAAUGUGGGGUACAGCCUUUACGAAAUAAAGGUAAACAGGGCCUUAGUAAAAUGGCAGAACCUGGCGAUUGGCCCUGGCACGCAGCACUUUUUAAGGAAGAGGUACAUGUUUGCGAUGCUACGUUGAUAGCUGAAAGUUGGUUACUCACAACUGCUUCUUGUUUCCAAGGACAACCAAAGGCAGAAUGGUCUGCUAGAUUGGGCACAGUACGUCUUUCGAGUACGUCACCGUGGCAACAGGAACGUAGGAUCGUAGGAAUGAUAAAAUCCCCUGUGGAGGGAAGUACGACCGUUCUAUUAAAAUUAGAUCGUCCUGUUGCGACCUAUUCGGAUUUUGUCAGGCCAGUUUGUUUGCCUUCUGCUCAAGAUCCACCAUCGACCAAUGCAUCUCAAUGCAAUACUUUGGGUUGGGCCAGAAAUCGCGAUAUGCUGCAGAGAGUACAAUUGAGGCAUAGUGCGAUGGAAAGAUGCGAAAAUAUAAGCAUUGCGUCGGUCAACAGUGUUUGUACCGAGCCAGCAUAUUCGGUGGAUGAUUGCAACGAGGAAGAAGUCGCUGGUAGCCCAAUGCUUUGCCUUCAAGCUGGCGGUCAAACGUGGGCAUUAACUGGAGUUGGUAGUUGGCGAAUAGCUUGUUCUAAAGCAGGAGUCGAAAGACCUAGAUUGUACGAUCAAAUAUCCUCUAAUAUCGCUUGGAUAAAAUCAACGAUUAGUUAAAUAUUUGUAAUCGUUUGAAAUGAAAACAAAACAAAAAAAAAGGAACAAAAAAAAAAAGAAAGAAAAGUCAUUUUGAAUUAACGAACAUGUACUGAAAUGAAAAUUGUGAUAAAUACUUAAAAUCAACGACGAUCGUAUGUAUAUUAUUUUCUUUUGCAUAAUUCGAACGUUUUAUUACUUUUCAUUCGUCAUUUCUUCUUUGUAUCGUCAUCGAUCGCUAUUGCCAUUAGAUCAUAAUUUCCUAAACGUACAUAGUGAUAUACGUAGUGAUAUUAUUUAGUUUUAUUUCUUCAUUAGUAAAAGAUAUUGCAAAUUAAAGAUUACCGCGUACGAUUGUAAAUACGAAUACGAUCAUUAUAUUGACUUUUCAAAUAAAUCUUAAUAAAUGAUUUCUCGUUUUGCGCGGCAUAAUUAAUCUUAAUUUAUUUUAUCGAAGAAAAUUGUAUUCACUAUCUUUGUAAAAUAAAUAUUAUGUCGGUACAAAACCGACGUAUCACAUUACGUUUUCAAACCAAAUGGAAUUAUGACUAAAUUCAAUAAAUUCCAAACAUCGUCUUCUUAUUUGUUUGUUUUUUUUUUUUUUUUUUUUUUUU